CGCAGUUCCUUACCAGGAAGUUCCAACAUAGUACAUAGUACAGUACACUGUGGAUGUACGUUUUGCUUCAAAGUGGAAUACUCCUCGUAGGUAUUUUCUUUAUAAACAAAGGGAAGAAAUCGCCUUUUGAUUUUAUUAGAGUACAUUUAUAUGUAGGACAAAACAGAGUCGUUUUUAUUUUGUACUUGUAGUUUGUAGUAGAAUGCGUUACUGUCGUUUUUGUUAGCUGGCUAGCUAACAAGCCAGCUAGCACCCGUGGUUGUUUAGAUCAGUUAAUAUUGACGUUACAUCAACAGGAACUAAAUUGGGGUUCUAGUGCUAAAUCGCGGGGUUGUUUUUCCAUUGCAAUCAGUGGAAUAACGAAAUAGCUGCAUUUUUCAAAGUGUGUGCGAAGUAAAAGGUAAUAGUUAACUUAAAUCGUAAGUAGUGCACAAGCUAACUCAUUAGCUAAGCCCAGCCGCGGUCGUCUUCCCUUCGGUACCACACUCGGGGACUGCUUGGUUUCUCCAGUGGAUGCCUGGUGAGCUUAAAAGGCUCUCUGUAAAGCGGAACCAAUGCGUGGGAUGAUGGGGACUCAGAGUAGUCCUGUCAAGAGCUACGAUUAUCUCCUGAAAUUUCUACUGGUUGGAGACAGCGAUGUUGGAAAGGGGGAAAUCUUGGACAGCUUGCAAGACGGAUCAGUAGAGUCUCCCUAUGCGUAUAGCAGUGUCUUCAGUCUGCAAGAUCUGUGCUGCCGUUCUAUCGUCUCCUGCACACCGGUGCACCUCAUUGACAAACUUCCCCUCCCUGUGGCCAUCAAGUCCCACCUCAAGUCUUUCUCCAUGGCCAAUGGCAUGAAUGCAGUCAUGAUGCAUGGACGCUCUUACUCUGUGGCUAACAGUGCCGCCUCAGGUGGUAGCGGUGGUGGAAGCAAAGCUAACAGCCUGAAGCGCUCAAAGUCCUUCAGGCCUCCACAGAGUCCUCCAAAGAGCUCGUCGUUGUCCCCUAAAGGAAACUGUAAGAUAUCAUAGUGAAAGAGCAGACUGAUGGUUCCUCCAUAGAGCCAGUGUUAAAAGUGUUGUUGCUCCAAGAGGUCAUGAGGCCAGAGAAAAGUACGGAGGCCUGCCAGCAAUGGAUAUAGCUGUGAACUUUCCUUGACCUUUUGGGAACUGACUUGGAUGGUUGGUUUCUGUUAUCUCUUUCCGCGUGCUGGUGCCAUCUUGUGGAUGUUCGUUUACCUGUACUCUACUACAGCAACUCACUGUGAUCAAGUAGAAUAAGAUUCCCCUGGGACCAACACAUGUGAAUCGAGGAUUACAACUCACCGGUUAACACUACAAACAAAUAGAGGGGCUUCUUUUUCAAGGUUUAUUGGUAUUUAAAAUCGGACUUGAAACUGUAAAUACAUUACGUGCUCUUGUUUUGUUCUGUGGUGAUUGUCUUGGGAAGGAAUUUCUUAUGCUUGUUUUGUUUUGAAUGUUUUGGGGAGACCUGCUUCAGUGUUGUCUAUCAUUGACAUUUUUUUCCAGCCUCAGUUGUCAUAACUUAUUCAAAAUUCACAUAGUUUUUAAAAUAAGAUUGAAUGUCAUGAGAAAAUCUUUUUACAAGCAGCCAAGGGCUUAAAGAGAAUUUAGGAUUUAUUAACUGAGAGAUGAUGUUAGUCGAGGCAUUACUUAAUCUGUAAAACUGUCUGAAAAAAUUCAAGCCAAGUUGGCUUGUUGGCAAGACUUAAAUUUCAGCCCAUUGAAAUAAUCCUGCAUCUCCAUCACUCAUUUUUUCAGACAACUGUUUACAUGCUCUGACAUUUUACACCUCUAAAGCUUGUUUUCUUUCUUGGAUCACUGCUUAACUGGAUUAAACCUUCCAGAGCGUGAUCAGUUUUAAUCUGUUAACUUAUUAAACAAUUGCUCUGUGCUCAUUAGGAAACCUUGUACAAAAACAUGUACAGAUUGUUUGCUCAUUUUGGGGGUUUAAUCUUAAAAAACAUUAAACAUUUGUGUCUUGGUUCUUAAUAUUUCAUAACUUGUAACGGGCGUUGGUGAGAAGAAUAUUUUAAUUUGGUUGCUUUGCAGAUAUUUUAUAUACAUGAUAUGUAUUUCUGAAUGUAAAACAGUAUUCACCUACAUUUCUAUGGCCAUGUGGUUAUAUUUGAGAUUGUAAUAAUUGGUGGUUGGAAUAUUCUUUAGUAGUUUCAUACAUUUGGUUGCACUUCUGCAGUUUUCCAGCAUUGUUAAAUGUGUGUGAAUACUAGAAGAACUUACAGUCGUUCUUUACAGAUGUGCUGUGGAUAUAAUGCGAGCACAAUGUAAGGUUGGAUAAAGAUUUCAGAAAGGAUGUUAAGUAUUUUAACCAUGGCUACUGAUAUUUUCUUUUAUUAAUUGAACAAUCUAAACAAAUAUUUAAAUUUUGAUCUGUACUCUUAUUUUUGUUCCACGUUCAAAGAACAUUGGUGAAUUCCCACUUCAGCAUUUUCAUGGUUAAAUACAUGUAUUCGGCUAAUGGGGGGGCCUACAAAAAUUGGUGCAUGUUUGCUAUUGGCUCCUGUUCUAUGUGAUUUAUUGAGACCAGAACAAUGGAUUAACAACUCUUGGGUGAACAUCUAAAGCACUAUAUGUAAAUGUUUGAUAAUGAUUGUUGCUAUCAGCGCUGUGUAUUGGGAUGAAGCCUUAAUUCUUAUUUUAUCUCCAUCAAAAACAGUCAAAAUAAAGAGUAAAACUAAGUUGCA